AGUGAACAGAGAUAACGAACAACAAUGCCCGUGCAAGGAAUCAGAGCGGUGGCCGCUGCCAGGAACGGCGUCGGCGCCUUUAUCCUGCCAUGCAAGCGCAUGGAUUUCCACUACUGCGACUGGGCAGGUAGCUCGCGGGGCAUGGUUUCCUUCCUCAAGAGUGCCCUCCCAUCCUUCGCCAAAGCAAAUCCACAGAUCGAAAUCCGAGUCUCACCACGGCCGCACAAGCACCCAGUGAUCAAGGGCCACUACAUCAACGGACGCGAGAAGGCUAUCUGUGUGCGGAACCUCGAGCCGGAACAAAUAUUCAACAAGGCGAACUUGCUGAAGGAGGCUAGCGGGGAGAAGCUGAAGCGCACCAAGAAGCCCGUUACGAGUAUCAACGACAGUGUCAGAGGCAUCUGGUCCCCUUACCAUGGAGAUAUCAAAACCGUUUAGAGCGGGUCUUUUGCGGGAUGAUUGCGGUGGCUUUAGUUACCACGCUAGCGUCUUGAUUGGGGGGGGUUCAUGUCUCUUUCUGUUAAUGUAUUAUUGAUGUCGGCAUUUUUUGCAACUUUUCUUGUUUAUCGAUCUGGGAAGCAGGUGUUUACAUUUCAUGUAUAAAAGGAAUCGGACCACAAUACCAUAAAUUCGGGAUAUAUUCUAACGGCCCUGACGUACAGUCUAUGCUGUAUCUAACUCACGCAGGACAUAGUGAUAUCCAAACACGGAUGAUAGAUGUAAAAUUGCUCCUUCGGAGAGUUCGAAGUAAUGGGUAUCGAGAAUGCUAGGAAAAUAUAAGCAAAAUAGUGAUAAAUCCAAUGAACACCCAAACCAUGCAAAUGCUACAAAACAUAACAGACCACCGCGGACUCUUUCAACCCAAGAGUGUACAUUUCAAUCCCCAGGAGUAUGUCG